AUGGAGUCCGCGGCGCAGGAAGGACACCUCGAUGCUAUGCGCUUCAUACAAGAGCACAUAAGCAAUCCCAGCCACACGUACUCGAUGCACCUGUGCUUGUAUCUCGCGGCAGCCAACAACCAUGUCGACGUCGUGGCCUACCUCGUUCAAGAAUUCCCCGAAAUGCCCGUAGCUACAGUCCUCCUCGACGCCGUCGCCAGUGGCUGCGCGGACGUCGCUUGUUACCUCGUGACGCAGCGACCAACGGCACAAACGAACCGCCAAUCGAGCAACGCCAACAACUACUAG